AUGACGCGCCCCACAAAUUUCUGUGCGAGCUAUGCGCGGACGAGAAGCCAAAUUGUGAUAAGUUCAGCAUUUUGGGGCUGCCCUGUUUCUGGGUGUCGAGGCUUCCUCAAGCCUCAGCACUGCCCGUCGAUACUGCCCGACAGAGUUUUCGUUCGGUGGGGAGAAGCCCUGUGUGAGGCCGUGAUCUUGGCUUCCGAGAAACUCUACUGGCCGUUUAAGGAUUGCUCAGCUCUUUUGGUGGACGACUCUUGUGGGGGAAUGGGGAGGCUGAAGGCCGACGAGAGGGGUAGUGAGGAUAUAAUGCUGGUGAACUUAGCCAAGAAUAUGAGGUGGAUUAGGUGGCCCAAGUGCAGGUUCUAUGUCGAGAAGUCUGGAGUCUUCUUGUUCAUGAUAUGCAGGAUUUUGCUGCAUUUGGAGUUACCUAAUUCUUCAAUGGCGUCCUUCGAUGAAGCUCCGCCUGGCUAUUUCAAAUCCAGUGAGAAGAUCUACUGGAACAAGUGCGAGCACUACCAUAUUGUCGAUAAGGGCGCUGACCACAAGCAGGGUCUCGUGGUGUUUAAUAACAUUUGUCUGAAUGCCAAUUUGGCGUUUUGGUUUCAGUUCAGUUAUUUCAGUAACCUUGCUGAGAUGAAGGAUUAUCUAUUGGUUGUUGUUUAA